UCUUCUCCAAUGCAUUCACCUUUUAAAAAAAACCCAAAAAAAACAAGGAAAAAAAGAGAGGCACGGUUUAAUUUGCCAAAUUUGCCAUGGCCGGGAAGAGGCCGGCCUUGAUCUGCUGCUGCGCACUGCUCGCCGCCGCCGCCGUCCUCGCCGCGGUGCUCGUGGCGCUCUGCUUCACCGUGUUCCGGCCGCGGUCGCCGCGCGUGUCGGCGACGGUCGUGGGCACGCGGGUUUCCUCCUUCGCGCUCCUCCCGGCGCCGGCGCUGAACCUCAGCUUCGACGUGGCCGUGGAGGCGUACAACCCGAACCGCGCGGCGUUCGAGUACGGCGAGGUGGUGACGGUGGUGCGGUACCACGGCGACGGCGUGGGGCGGGCGGUGGUGCCCGCGGGGGAGAUCGGCGCGCGCGGUUCGCUGGCGGCGAACGCGACGGUGGAGGUGGACGCCGCGAGGGUGGCGUCGUCGCCCUACUUCCCCGGGGAGGCGAUCGCCGGCGCGCUGCCGUUCGAGACGGCGACGACGGUGGCCGGCCGGGCGGUGGUGCUGCGCGUGCUCAGGAUCAGGGCGCGCUCCGACGUGACGUGCGGCGUCACCGUGUACCCGUUCAGGAAGGAGAGCACGCCGCCGCAGUGCGCCUCCACCGUCCACGUGGGCUGAUCUUGGCCGUCCCCGUGCGUCCGAUCUGAUCGUUUGCCUGCCAUGGCCUUCUUCUUCAAUUGUAAAAAAAAAAAAAUAGUUUGCAUGUUCAAUUAAGGAAUAGGAAAAUACAUACGUUAUACAUGGUUUUUUUUCAAGAGUGAUUUCAGUCGAGUAAAUUGUACUUCGUACCACGUAGAUCGUACAUUGUUUCAAUUUGUGUCGGGUUUGGCAUAUACUGUCAGUGCACACAAGGAUAUAUCAAAUAAGUUUUAUUUGCAAUAGGUUGUUUGAUGUAAUUAAAGGGAAAUCUAGUGAAAUAUAGACAGACCUUAUGGAAG